AUGUCGCGUCCCGUGCCGCACCAAGACUCUGACAUGACAUCUCAAAGCGCGACUUCGUCACGACAAUCCUCUCCAAUGCAAAUCCCGCCUGUUCGCAGUCCACAGCUGUCGCAAUCUGCAGGCCCUUCUGCCACCCGGUUACCUAGUCUGACGCAAUUGAUUCCUUGGAGCGACGAAGAUCCCGUACCAUCGUUUCUGCCUGCUGCAUCAAUCGACCACACGUUUCCGACACAAGGAUCUCGGCCAGAUCAAACUUUUCAACGUUAUCCGCCGGGCCCCGCCGCCCGUCUGCCACCCGUUGCACCAGUGCGCUCAGAUCUUGCAACGCCGCCACCGGUACCGCCACUUCCACUUCCCGGCAAACUGCAGGUACCGGGCUCCCGUCGAGGUCCAGUGAUCCCGCAGCGGAGGUAUCAGCCUCUCACAGCCAGCGACCGGCGACGCUACGUUGAAGAGGUAGAUUUGCAGACAUCUAUACUGUUCAAUUCGUUAGACAGCGAAGGUUUCCCGCUCAAAGACGCUUUGAAUCAUCGCUAUGGAGCAUUAGAGGCCCGCGAAGAGCCAAUGUUCGUGCAGCAUGGGCCUUCGAUCUCCUUGCGGUUGAACUGGCCUGGCUACCAGCCGUGGACGCGUCAGAUACCCACGCGUGAUUUUCGCAAUCCUCCGGGACCCAUUACACGCGACAAACUCACGAAGAAUGUUGCGAAGUCGGUGCAGCGAUUCAUCGAGGAACAGAAGUCCCGAGAGAUCGAGCCUGCAGAGGAACAGUGGCGCGUAGGCGAAGGGUUCAUUGAGCUUGAGGAUCUUCUUCUUCUGCGUUUGGACAACGUCUCCAAAGGUAGCUGGCAGAUCCAGCUCCAACUGGCCAUGCCCCUGGAGAGUAAACAGAGGCGUCUGGACGCCGCUUCACUUCCCGCCAUGCGUUCAAGUCAGACAGGUCCAGCGCCUCCACCUCGACAACUCAGCUGGAAGCACGUAGGUCCAAGUUCAAGCUCAAGUUCGAUGCGGCUGGGAGGUCCGCCUCCAUGA